GACACUCGGAAAAGAAAGAGGAGCAGCGAGGCUGAGGAGGAAGGGGGAGAGGGACAUGAUGAAGACAGCGCCCCCCAGAGGGCGGCGUCAGUUAAAGCAGAAGGCGAAGGAGAGGACGGCGUGCUGAUGUUCGACGGCGCCGGUUACCGCUGCCUGAUCUGCGGCUGGAAGAACAAGCUGAAAGGUCUGGGGAUCAACCACGUGGUGCGCAAACACAACAUCCCCAAAUCGUACGCCACCCAGGCCAUCAGACGGGACGCCGCCGCCGCCACCCCCAAACAGACGCAGAGCAGCGGGGCGGAGGAGGAGGAGGUGGUGGCCGGGCUGAGCGGGGAGCUGCUGAAGGAGGAGAUGGAGGCCACGGCCAAAGUGGUCGGCUUCAGCUCCAACCGCUUCUUCUGUCUGAUCUGUGGCUGGAAGACCAAACUGAAAGGUUUUGCCAUCAGUCACGUGGUGCGCAGCCACGACGUGGAGCGUCCCUACAGCUGCAAAGACUGCAAACGCUCCUUCUUCCUGCCCAGCCGGCUGCAGCAGCACGUCAGAGCGGCUCAUCGGCCCGGACGCUACGCCUGCCCCUUCUGCUGCUUCAGGUCUCACUUCCUGGGCGGCUUCAGGAGGCACUGCAGCCGCUGCAACGCCCGGGAGGAGGGGGAGGCGGAGGCGGGAGGAGUGGGAGUGGGAGAACAGCCGUCGUCCCCGCUGAUCUCAAGCCAGCGCUUCAGCAGCCGGCGAUCGUGA